AUGCCAUUCCUGGAUAUCACAUUAAAUCAGUGGGUGUGCAAUUUAAGAUGCAUUAGAACCUGGCUGUGUCGAGAGAAUAAAGUCUCCUUGCUGAUUACAGAAAUGGAAGUGUCUCACCACAUGGGGUUACCACAGUUGAUAUUAGAUCAAGCAGUGUUCAAAGCAGAAUAUGACCGGUUGAAGCAGCAACAUGAUCACAAAGGACUAUCUCCACUACCCUCCUCACCUGAUAUGAUGCCCAUUUCCCCUCAGAGUUCACAAGAUGCUGAACUCAUUGCAGAAGCCAAACUAUUUCAUCAGCGCAAAGGUUGUCUAGAAGCCAGGAUGCAAAUCCUGGAGGAUCACAACAAACAGCUGGAAUCACAGCUGCACAGAUUGAGGCAGCUGCUGGAACAGCCUCAAGUGGAUGCCAAGAGAAUGGCACAACUCAGUCUUCUCCCACCUCAGAGGUCAGAUAGUAAUCAUCCAAUGCUUCUCUGUGUAGUUGGCAAUCAGACUUCAGAAUCUAUGUGUGAGGAUGAUCUGCUCAGUCCUCCCCAGGACACAAAAACAGAGUUAGAAGAGGUCAUGGAACAGCUCAACAAUUCUUUCCCAAGUACAAGAUGAAGAAAUGCCCCUGGAAAGCCAGUGAGAGAGGCCACAACGUAGGCAACCUCUUCCACAUGGCAGAUGAUUUGGGA